GCGCCAGUGGCUGCCGGUGCCAGGUUGGCUGCCCUGCGGCGCCGGGCAUCGCAGUCCGGCUUCCAAUGGCUCCAGUCCCAGUUCCAGUUCAAGCAGCUUCCAAUUUUGUCACCCUUGCAGUUGGGUUCCUGGAUCCUCCAAUCCGUCGCCCGCCCCAGCCGGAACGUCACCCACUGGCAGGUCCUGGGUCCCAGGCCCAGGGCUGAAUUGGCUGGUUCAAGACUUGCUCCUGUGCCAGUGCCUGGUGGUGGAAGGGGGUGUCUUGGGUCGGUAGGCAGUAGUAGUACCAUGGAAUGGUGCUGAACCCCCCAAACCAGAUUGAUCGUCUCUCACGUCUGCCCUUCAUUCCCCGGCACUUUCGUUUUUUCAUUACUCUUCGACCAAAAGCGAGACUAGCGAGCUAAACAAGUGCUCGUCAGGAAUAGCUGCGACCUGGCGCCGUUCACACACCUUCUCCGGCCGCCCCUUGCUCUCUUCCGACGUUAAGACAAGACGCGCCUCCUGCCUCGAUCCUGACCCACCAAAUUGUCCGAGCACGUCGUCAACACGCCCGACCGAAAACAUCUGUCACUCUUUCCCACCUCCAGCACCUAGCUCACCACCUGUCUUUCGAUCCUAGAGCCCAGCGGCCCUUCCCUGUCAAUCAAGAAAGGGGAGGACUGGUCUAUCCACUUUCCCACCGCAGUACCCCUUGCGGGCCAGCUCCCGCCUGUUAGCAAACUCCAGAAGCUAGCUCUCUUGGGUCCUGAGCCAUUUCGAUUUGGAUCCUGAAUCUCGAGCAUCAUUUCCUCUACGCCUGCCUUGGAUUGUCAUUUCUAUCCCUCAAUACCUUGCGUGUUAACGAUCGACCUUUACAUCUCAAACGACGGAAGUCAACACCAGACGAACAGACCGCAUUCUUGUGCUCUUACGACUCGCAAACAUCGAGCACUGUAAUUGUGAACGUCACGGACGAUGACGUGUUGAGGUCUCGAGGAAACCCCUUUACAUGGGCGCAGAGCCGUCCAUUCUGAAGAGUGUUGGGCUAGACACCGUCUGGACUGGAUGAGACGAAACCGACAAGCUGCUUGGGAAGUGAGCAUACGCGUGGAGUCGACAAGAUGGCAGUGACCGGUCAAGGCUCAAGACCUGGCUCGCAGAGUCUGGUCGCUUUGGAGGACCGAUUUGAAGUGAUCAGAGAGAUCGGUGACGGGAGUUUUGGCAGUGUGGCUCUCGCUCGGGUGCGGGCGAACGGGGCGAGCGUUGCUCGGCGGAACACUAUGGUCGCCAUCAAGACGAUGAAGAAGACGUUCGACUCUUUCCGGCCUUGUAUGGAACUACGCGAGGUCAUUUUUCUCCGAACGCUUCCGUCACACGCUCAUUUGGUUGGCGCUCUGGAUAUCUUCUUGGACCCGUUCAGCAAAAAGCUACAUAUCUGCAUGGAAUACAUGGACGGCAAUCUCUACCAGCUGAUGAAAUCUCGGGAACACAAGUGUAUGGAUGCCAAGAGCGUCAAGAGCAUCCUUUACCAGAUCCUAUCGGGGCUCGAUCACAUCCAUGCCCAUCACUUCUUCCACCGGGACAUCAAACCAGAAAACAUCCUCGUCUCGACGUCGGCACCACAAGACUCCCACUCAGCUUUCAGCAGAUAUUCCUCCUUGGUCACGCCCCCGGCCACACCACCUGCUUACAGUAUCAAAAUCGCGGAUUUUGGUUUGGCGAGGGAGACUCAUUCCAAAUCGCCAUACACAACCUACGUGUCGACGAGAUGGUAUCGAGCGCCUGAAGUAUUGCUUCGAGCUGGAGAGUACUCUGCUCCCGUGGAUAUCUGGGCUAUCGGCGCGAUGGCGGUCGAGGUGGCCACUCUUAAACCAUUGUUCCCAGGUGGGAACGAAGUCGACCAAGUUUGGCGUGUCUGCGAGAUUAUGGGUAGUCCAGGCAACUGGUACACCAAAAACGGUGCUCGAGUCGGCGGGGGCGAAUGGAGGGAAGGGACCAAGCUUGCCCAAAAACUUGGUUUCUCGUUCCCAAAGAUGGCGCCUCAUGCCAUGGAAACCAUAUUACAACCUCCUCAGUGGCCCUUGGCGUUCAGCAACUUCGUCACUUGGUGUUUGAUGUGGGAUCCCAAGAACCGACCGACGACCAAACAAGCCAUGGAGCACGAAUUCUUUGCUGAUGCCGUUGAUCCUUUGCGACCAAAAUCAUCAUCUCGACUGCUUGGCCGAAAACAUUCGGACCUGAGCUUCAGAUCCAAGGAAACGGCCGAGACACCGACUAUCACUUCGAAACCAUCCUGGUUCCGGAGGUCGCUUAUUGCACGAGAGAGUGCCCCGGCCGUACCACAACAUAACCCAGAGGCGAAAAAUGUACAAACAGAAUCCGAAAGCUUGGUCAGCAGGUUACGACCCCAAGCCAACAAGCGUGCGACUUGGGCGAAUGGAAGCAAUUCGAGCGGCGUGGCACCGAUGCCAAUAUUACCGUCCAUUCGACCCAUUUCACCUCUCCCGAAUGCCGUUACCGCGCAAGCGAGCUCUGCGUUUACAGCUCAGACAGAACAACACUCGAAACCGGCCGAGGAGAAAUCGAAAAAGAUUGGCCGGCAAUUGUCUAUCAACUCACAUGGCAACCACUAUGCUGAUGUACACCGACAAGAAGCGGAGCGCGCCUUGAACGCAAACAGCGGCCUCGUGUCUCCGCCCAACGGCCACAAAGAAAGCUUCUUCUCACAUCUGCGUAAACGGGCCAGGCGGUUCUCAGGACGACAUGGACUGUCUUCUCCCAGUGGCGACGACGUCGAGGCCAACGCCGCAAAUGUUCCGUGGUCGAACAGGUCGUCCAUCAUGGUUGACAGCAUCAUCCCAGAGACGAACACCGAUUUUUCGGACUUGGACAAGAUCUUGCAGAAUGUGAGGUAUAGUCUGGACCAAGAGGAAGGAGAACCCACACAAAGAAGAUCGGCUACAGAGCAGCCGUCCAACCAAGGUUCUUUGAAAAGGACACACUCUGUUCCUCGCUCUCAAGGUAGUAGGUCUGGCGAGGCUCUCAAUCACCUUGUGGCACCUACCGCGGUGCGGUCACGACGCCCUUUACAAGUCAAUCAAUACGAAACGCCUGAAGAAGCCGAUGAACUGCUGGAUGAAGCCUUGCGCUCCGCGAGUCGAGUGGCAAAACGUCUCGACCAAACCAAGGAGCAACCAUACCGGACGGCGCUUGCCCAUAAAGACUACAAUCGCCAGUCUCUUCCACACAUAGCCAGCGCCUCCGCCCUACAGGGUGCUUAUCUGACUCCCUCGCCAUCUGCUAAGAGGAACGGCGUUCAAUUCAACCCGGCGAGCGUCAGUCAAACGCAACCGUUGAAUAUCACCAAGAAGCGCCCUGAGCAAGAAUAUGCUCCAUCCCACUGGCCAACACCGCCAUAUGAAGACAACGAAUGGGCGGCCACCGCUGCUAAUAGUAUCUUUGCAGCGGGAUCGUCUAUUUAUCGAUAGACGCCAUUCCGGGGCCAGGCCGCCGCACGCUCGCUAAACAAAACAAUCCACUUUCGAUCUUGCGUAUCCUACAUCCAAUAUACUGUGCCUUGAUAUCCUGUACGAAAAGAGGACGCUCGCAUGCGAAGCAGUUUUUCCUGAGUUUAUUGGCGUUCUCGAGGUGAAAUAUAUGGACCAACUGGUCUUUAAGUGGCUCGCUGCUUCGAAGAAGAGAAGGAACUCUCUAUAUCAACGACUUUUGAAUUUCUCUUGAACGAAGCACUGAAAGUGCUCUAUGAUGCCCGGAGUCUCAUUGGGAUGGUUUUAUUUUGGUGGGAGACAAACUUUUCUUGUAUGGCGGCAGCAUUUGGGUUGGCAUUGACAUUGGCAAGUCCGAGUCAGCUUGAACAGCAACAAUUUUCAUUUGUUAAUCAUCCAACGGAAGAGGUUGUAUAGGUAGAGGUUGAACGUGUGGACAGGAUAGUCCUUGCGUUUCUGGUGCAGACUUGCCUUUACAGGGCAUGUAUACCUAUAGUUGGUUUCGAUUGGCAUAAAUGGCCAGGAACAGAGACUCAAUCUGAGGAAUCGUCACACAAACACAAACUUUUCGUCCA